AUGGCAUCAGAAUUCGCCGAAUUCGAAGAUGAGGCGGACAGAACGGCGGGAUGCCUAAAAGAUCCCCAAGAAAAUGCAAGUGAGGCCUCAACAGUGGACGGCCAACUAGAGGUGGUGCGCAAGGCGGCCCGAACCGUACUUGAGGAGGCCAAGAAGUCGGGCAACCUUAAGGGGACUACUUGGGCGAAAAUGAAGGCCGCCUGUGCCGAGAUCUUCGCAGCGGCGGAUAAAAUCUCGGACCGAGGCGAAGAGGCAGAGGUCAUCCGCAAAAUGGCGGCCGACAACAAAAGAAUGCGGGAGGAGUUGGCGCUGCUCAGGCAGGAGACCAAAGCCCUCCGUACCGCAUUCUCGGAGAGGAAGGCCCCCAAUGCGGAGACCCUAGACUCGACGGCCGAUAUUAUGGCCCAAGUUGAUCGCUCCAUGCGGUCGUUCGGAGAGACCCUCACCAGGGACCUAUUCCUCUCACUGGGGGGAAUGGUGAACGACCGCAUCAAGAAGCUAGAAAAGAGGGCUAUUGUUGCCCCUCAGGAGGUGCUGCGUCCACCGCUUGCGGCUGACCGUCGCAAUAAGGAGGCUGGAAAGGCCCAUGAUGCCAAAAAAGUUGAGGCACCCAUACAACCCGGAAAUGUGGGGGCAGUUGCAGGUUCCACCCUGAUGCCCCCGGCAAGACCUGGCCCGGCGCCCAAAGCGCCUAAAGCCACAACGGCAAAGGCCCAGCAAGCUCCCUCACAGGAUGCUUCUGGCGCCCCACCCCAGGAGGAACCCUCCCCCUCCUCCUCUUGGUCGGAGGUAGUUAAAAAAGGGAAAAAUAAGGGGAAGGGGAAAAAAUCCUCCCCUCCUGAGGUGGAUAGUGCGGCUCCUCGCCCUACGGUCCCUGCACCGGUCAAGCGGCAGUAUGCCUUUCCGAAAUCGACGGCUGUGGUGGUGACUCUCAAGUCGGGUGCCACAGUCGACUACAAAACGGUGAUGGAAAGGGUCACCACGAUAAAACUGGCGACGGUGGGUGUGGAUCACGUGGCGGCGAGGAGUACGGCGACGGGUGCCAGAAUCAUCGAGAUUCCCGGAAACGACAGCAGCGUUGUCGCUGACAACCUUGCUGACAAAAUCCGGGAACUGGUGGGGGAUGUGGCCGAGGUCACGAGGCCGUACAAAACGGCCCAAAUCAAGAUCUCCGGGUUUGAUGAAUCAAUCACCCCGGAGACAUUGCGAAAUGAGGUGUCCCUGGCCGGCAAAUGUCCACCGGAACACGUAAAGGUGGGGCAGAUCCGAAUGACACCGGACUUCACCGGGGCUGUCAUCGUGACCUGCCCUGUAGCUGUGGCUUACGCCCUCGUGGCAGACGGCCGUAUAUUAAUUGGUUGGUCGUCUGCCAAAAACACUGGCUUGGAACCCCUGCCCAUGCGCUGUUUCAGGUGCAUGGGUUUGGGCCAUACGAGGGCGUUGUGCCCAUCACCGGUGGACAGGUAA